CUCCCUCACAAAACAGAGAGCCGGGAGCCAAAGCUAGCCGGCCGCCAUCUCGUCGUCCUCCUGUCGACGCGCACGCGUCCGCACCAAGCAGCCGGCGGCGCCAGCAAGGAGAGACGAGGCGGCAUGGGGAACAGCCUGCGGUGCUGCCUGGCGUGCAUGCUCCCCUGCGGCGCGCUGGACGUGGUCCGCGUGGUGCACCUCAGCGGGCGCGUCGACGAGUUCGCCUGCCCGCUCGCCGCGGCCGACGUCCUCGCCGCGCACCCCAACCACGCGCUCACCGACGCCUGGUCGGCCGGCGCCACCCGCAAGAUCGUCAUCCUGUCGCCGGACUCGGAGCUCAAGCGCGGCCGCAUCUACUUCCUCAUCCCCUCCGCGUGCUCCGCGCCCGCCGCCGAGAUGAGGAGGAAGCACCACCGCAGGAAGAAGCACGGCCACGGCCGCGGGCGCCGCAAGGUCGCGGCGAGCAGCACGGCGGAGCAGGACAACUACCUGCGGGAGCUGCUGUCGGAGAAGCGGGAGGCGAGCCACCGGCGGCGUCGGAGCGGCGCCCGCCCCGGCGUGUGGCGGCCGCGGCUCGAGAGCAUUGCGGAGGAGCCCUCAGAGACGUAGCCUCUGCUCCACCCCCAGUUUCUUUCCCUCCUUUCCGUUCUUCCGAUGUGAAUACCAAGAAUCAGCGGCCGGCGAGGAAAACGUUUUGGGUCCUUUCCUCGCGGCUCGUUCCGUCGCUGAUCUCCUGCGUGUAAGCGUUUUCGGGGAUUCUUGAACGCUCUUUUGCCUCGGAAGUCGAGUGGAAAACCGGAGGGAGGGAAUGAAGAAAAAACAGAGCGAAUGUGAGAUCCGAGCCAAUCUGUACAAACAGAAUUUAGUUUGAGUUCAUUUUGUUCUUGUUUA